AUGGGGAACGAUGGCGGCGUGAUUGCCGUGAAGCGCAAGUUUAUGCGCCAUGCGAACGUCAAGGUGCGUGGCGAGAAGGCGGAUCAGGAGGUGCAGCGUCUGGAGAAGGCACGUACGUGUGCAUUGUCUUUGCAGCCGUUACAAGAGCUCGUGGUGGCGUGUCGCUUGGGCAACCUGUUUAACAAGCCGACACUUCUGGAGCAUUUGCUGGCCAAGUCGAUGCCCAAGCGUUUUCAGCACAUUACUUCGCUUAAAGACGUGGUGGCGUGUCGGGUGACGUGUGAUAAAGAGAAGGAUACACUAUGGUGCUGCCCUAUUACGAUGGUCGAGUUCAACGGCAAGCAGCCAUUCGUGGUGCUCUUUAAGUGUGGUUGCGUGCUAUCUGAGCGUGCUCUUAAAGCCGUAAACACGUCGGAGUGUCUGGUGUGUGGUAAUCCUUAUAAUGAGCAGGAUGUAGUGACGCUACUGCUGGAGGAAGAGCAGUACAAGGAGAAGCAAAAGAAGCUGCUGGAGCAGAAGAUGGAGGAAAAACGAGUCAAAAAGAGCAAGAAGAGGAUGAAGUCGUCAAAAGAAGAGAAAGAAGAUGGAAAGUAUGAGCAAAAGAAACCAAAAAAGGAGAAGAAGAGCAAGAGGAAGGCAGAGCAGCUAGGUGACUCAGGAGACACAAAGCUCGUCAAGAUUGUGAAAGAUGCUGGUGAAUCCAUUUCUAAAGCUAAGGAGAAUAGUCAAGUGUUUGCAUCGAUCUUUUCGAAGGAUAAGAAGGAGAGAAGGAAUGCCAACGACCUACUCAUGACGAUUGGUGGUAUGCGGUACACACUGUCGUAG